CAAAAUUCGUGAUUUUUGUACGAUAGGAUUAUAGGGAGAGGGAAAGCACACUCUAUUUUGUAACAUUGUGGUUUAGAAAGAAUUUUAUUUGCAUUUUUAGUUUUUGUCCAAGAUAAUUAUAGAAUUCCCAUUUUUUGUGGUAUCCUAUCCUAUAAAUGAGUUUGGCUUACCAAUACCGUUAUCCUCUCCGACCAAUCAAACUUAACCCACAUAAAUCCCCAAGAAUCAACCCCAAAAUAUUGCUGCAGAUUUCAAGUGCACAGAAGAGAUGCUUGAGGUGCAACACCCUUUAUGACGACAGCGGCAACUCUCCAACUGCUUGUUCUUUUCAUGGCCACGCCACUGGGGAGAGAGGAUUAUUUGCAUUGGCCCCACCUCACCAAGGAAUUGAUGGAGAGUGGAGCGAUAAAUCUGGUGUGAUUGUGUACAAAUGGAAUGAGAAAGAUGAGAGGCCAAACUCUGGCAGAUCCAACUGGAAAAGGAGAUGGAGCUGUUGUGCAGAGUAUGACGAGAAUGCCCCUCCUUGCCAACGAGGAUGCCACGUGUCUUACGAUGAUGGUUUCACCUUGUACUGAUCUCCUCUAUAUUCGGAUUUAUUGAAAGCAUCUAUUUCCCGUUCGUUGCACGUUGUCACAAAAUUGAAUUUGGGCAUAACAAGGCAAACAUUAUGUACCCAUUUACGAAAUAAUUACAUCGGUAUUUUUGCAUGUGGAUCUGUGGAUAGUUUUGUGGAUACUCCAUUGGGUGAGUUGAGCCUUCUGAACUUCAAUAUGUUUUCAUUCUAAAAACGAAGGAUUUCUCAUGCAAAAAAUGAGAAGAUAGGCUUGGUGUGAAAGUUGAAAAAUGUGAG